CGCGGUGUCGCCGGGGCGGACACCGGCUUCGCUCCUGCAGGCGUCUCCUUCUUCCGCUCCUAUUUGCCGCGAGUGGUUCUGCGCUCCGCCGGGAGAGCUAUGAGGCGCGGCGCCGUGUUGGCGGCCUUCGCGCUGGCCUACGCGGGCUAUCUGCUGCUCGGAGCGCUGAUCAUCUCAGCCGUCGAGCGGCCCUACGAGAGCCGGCUGCGAGCCGAGCUGUGGGAUCUUAAGAGCGACUUCCUGCGCAGCAGCCCCUGCCUGUCCGAGGCCAGGCUGGAGCGUUUCCUGGGCGCCGUCCUGAGUGCCGACCGCCACUCCGCAGCCCUCCUGCACAACGGCUCGGCUGCCACGUCCAGCUGGGAUUUCGCCUCUGCCUUCUUCUUCGCCAGCACUUUGAUCACCACCGUGGGCUACGGUUACACUACACCCCUCUCCAAUGCUGGCAAAGCCUUCUGCAUCUUCUACGCGGUGCUGGGUGUCCCCUUCACCAUGCUGGUGCUGACAGCCACCGUGCAGCGUCUUGUGGGCACCGUCACCUCUGGGCCUCUGGAAUACCUGGCUCUCCGCUGGGGUUCCGACCGCCGCGUCCUGUCAUGGGGGCACCUGUUGGUGCUGAUGGGCCUGGUGUUGGCGACCUUCUUCUUAGUGCCUGCUGCCAUCUUCAGUUCCCUGGAAGAGUCCUGGAGCUUCCUGGAUGCUUUCUACUUCUGCUUCAUCUCCCUCUGCACCAUUGGCCUGGGAGACUACGUUCCCGGGGAGCAGCCCGGGCAACGCCUUCGCCCCCUCUACAAGGUUUCUGUUACAGUUUACCUGCUUCUGGGGCUCAUGGCCAUGCUGCUGGUUCUCCAGACCUUCCACAAACUGGCAGACCUGCACAGGCUCUCCGACCUGGUCUUCCUGCCCCCAGAGCAGCCUCCCGAAGAGCAUCAGAGUAUCCUGGGGGAGCCCAGCCCUCCCUCUGAGCCAGGGCAGAGGGAGAAAUUACCUGCACACCCCCAGUCAGGAGGCCCAUCCCAUUAUUCCUCCAUUAACAGAUAAUAGCAAGGAGCAGCAGGGCGAGAGCUGGGGCUAAUCCACAGGGAAGACUGGCUGCUCUCCUCAGCUGGAUGAUCCACUCCUGUGGAGGGCAGGGGAGGGAAUGCAGUGCUCUCUGGCCAGGAGAGGAGAGCUUGGAGAGGCUUCUGGCUCUGCCUUUGGAUGGGCUGGGGAGGAGGGGGGAGUAUUUAAAAACCACAGCUAAAAGGCUGGAGCUCCCAGGCCCUUCGUCCCUCCCCAGUGACAUCACCUUCUGUGCAACGUGGCCCAGUAUCCUUGCUUCCAGCUGUGGCUUGAGCUGAGCUGAGCUUUGCAAGCCUGGAGCUGCAGAGGCGGAAGUGGGGGGGGGGGCUGUGUGCUUGAGAUACCAAAGCCUCAUAUGGAAAGUGGAAGUAAAGGCCCAUCCAGGAUCCAUUUCUCAAAAGGUUUUGCUGCUGACACUUCAUGUCAGAGAAGACAAACUGGCAGGUUUGCUCUUUGGGGUUACUUCUAAGUGCUUGACCGCAGAAGCCCACUCCCCUUCCAGCUGUGCGACCCCA